AUGGCGAGCGUUGACCUCGACAGAACAUCUAUUGUGUCUAAGCGUUCGAUUGCAAGCGUCGCUUCGAUCCUCUGGCCAAAAAUCCCUCGCUCUUCCAAGACAAUAUCCACACCACUCGCACACAUAUGUUCCUACAUCGAGGCUACUCCUGACGCCCAGUCGUCUCCCAUCAAGGAACUGAUUGUCCACAAAGAAGAGGAUGGCGUUCAGCACGAGUUCCUACUUUUACGGCUGGCGAAACCUACCGGAGAAGAAUUCUGGGUGCGCCUGGAGAGAAAAGCGCGAAUAGGCACUCUCAGCAAAUUGAUCUCUAGUAAAUCGGAGGCAAACGAUAUGGCGACUCUUUCUGGGAAAAGGGACACUCUAUUAGGGAGCACGAAGAGUGUUGAGAAGACGAGAAUCAUUUUUCGCGUCUUACCUUCGCUAACAGACUUGUUCCAUGUCCUCGAGGCACUUAGGGAGUCAUCGAAAUUCUAUCGAGUGUGGCCGGAUCCCGAUAAAUAUGAGCAGCGCUUCCGGGACGAGUCUGCCCAGAUCUCUUCGUCACUCACAAUCUCAAAUGCCCGCCUAUUCCACGAGGAGAUACGGAAUAUACCCUCGGCAUCUUUUGCACGGAGACACACCACAGCGAGGAGGCUGAAACGGCGACCGUCACCCGCCUGCUUCGAUAUGGGACGAGAGGACGAGUCGCACACCGUUUCCUAUUACUUGAAGUCAUGA